GCUGUUGUUUGCAGGCUAUGGAAUCUCUGGCAGAGGUCCAGACUGACACAUUCAUUUACAUGAACUUCAUGAAGAGUCACUCCUGCUACGAUGCCAUCCCAACCAGCUCCAAACUGGUCAUCUUUGACACAACACUGCAGGUGAAGAAGGCUUUCUUUGCUCUGGUGGCUAAUGGUGUGAGGGCAGCGCCGCUGUGGGACAGCAAGCUUCAGUGUUUUGUAGGUAUGCUGACCAUCACUGACUUCAUUAACAUACUACAUCGAUACUAUAAGUCUCCUCUGGUUCAGAUAUAUGAGCUUGAGGAUCACAAGAUAGAGACAUGGAGAGAAAUCUAUCUCCAGUAUUCAUUUAACAGACUAAUCAGCAUUACACCAGAGUCCAGUUUGUUUGAUGCCAUCUACUCCCUGUUAAAGAAUAAGAUCCACCGCCUGCCAGUUAUUGACCCAGCAUCAGGAAACGUCCUCCACAUCCUCACUCACAAACGCAUACUCAAGUUUCUCCACAUUUUUGGGUCUAUGAUUCCCAGACCCAGGUUUCUUCAAAGGCAAAUCCGUGAAGUGCCGAUUGGUACCUUUAAACAUAUUGCAACAAUUCAGGAGUCGGCUUCUGUCUACGAUGCUCUGAGCAUUUUUGUGGAGAGAAGAGUGUCAGCUCUGCCUGUGGUCAAUGAGCGAGGUAAAGUGGUGGCGCUAUACUCCAGAUUUGAUGUUAUUAACCUUGCAGCCCAGAAAAACUAUAACAACUUAAAUAUGACAAUGCGGGAAGCCAUUGCAUCCAGAUUCUGCUGUGUUGAGGGGGUCCUUAAGUGCUACCCUCAUGAAACACUGGAGACCAUCAUCAAUCGCAUUGCACAGGCUGAGGUGCAUCGGUUGGUGUUGGUUGACAGUGAUGAUGUGGUGAGAGGGAUUGUGUCUUUAUCUGACCUUCUCCAAGCCCUCAUUCUCUCUCCUGCAGGUAUUGAUGCACUGUACUCCUAAGUCCAACCCUUACUCUCCUUUGACGAGCCACCCAUCCACCUAUUUGCCUUGAAAUCCUUAAAAGUUUCCUGCUCCUUCUGGCGUUCUAUUCCUAAGAUUUUCCCUCUUCUGAAGGCAAUGGAGAUUUUUUCUUUCUGGCAUCAGUGUUCUAACCCUGCUAUAGUCUUCCUUCAUAAUAUCUCCUCCUAAUUCUUUCAAUUCAAUUAA